AUGACUACGUUCGUCUCUGAGGCUCAAAUGGCCCAAGCAACAACUGCACUGGCAGCUCAGCCGGGGCCCUACGAUCAUCUUCCUGACCUCCCUGCCGACAUUUCGAUGGAAACCGACAAGAGCAUCCCACCCACGUUCGAACAGCUCAACGCUACUCUCAUAUCGCGAGGCUAUCUGCGCUCGCCGCUCAAUGCUUCAGGCAUGCGCGAAGAUUCGCUCGCAGCUCUCGCCGAUGCCCUACACGCCAUGAUCGCGCAGCGCGAGGAGGACAUCGAAGUGCGUACCGCCUUGACUGCCAAAAAUCGCACGCUCACCGCCUCAUUGGAACGAACAAAAAGAUUUCAGAAGGAGGAGAUAGAGCGAUCCGCGGACUUCGAGCGCAAAGCCGAAUCGUCCAAAGCUAAGCUCAUCCACCUAACCAACCAGCUCGAGAUGGAACGCACCGCACACAAGGCCACCAAGGAGGCGCUCGCUCGUAUGAGGAGGGAUUUGCAGGCAGUCAAAGCUUCAGCACUGCAGUACAAGUCUUGCAACGACCGUUCUGUGGCGCGAGUCCGCGCACGAAUCGGCGAAGUUACCAGCUCGGCGAUCCGCUCUGCCGUUCCCGACUUCCAGAUUGUCGCAUCCGCCUUCGACGAACCACCGACCGCUUCAUCGUCCAGAUCUGGUGCAGCAGGUCUGUACGCUCAACAGGUACAGGAUCUCGAGCAGAAGCGGAUUCAUCUUGUCGAGUACAACCAAGCUCUCAAGCGGCUUGCAACCGAGGCUAUCAAUGCUGCGCGACGUGCCGAUCAGGAGCUGCUGGACAUGGUUGAGGCCGAACAGGACGAUGGCAAGAAGAGGAAGGAUUCAACACUUGCGGCGACCAAGACGAGUGGCGACUCGGGAGGCUCUCGUUCCGUCUCAUCCAGCAGCCUGAACAGUGCUGGCGGCACGAAGCGAUCUCCUUCCAACGACACGUGGCUCGAUGGACAUCGUCCGCUCUUCCAGAGAGACCUCUUCCCCGCAAAUGAUACGCUUCGCUCGACGGCUUCAGGCGCACUGGUUUCAGGCUCAUCGAGCAAAGCCUCUCAUCCGGCUUUGCGCGCUCUUGAGCUUACAUCCAAUGCCAUCCACUCGCAUGUUCAGGCUCUUCUCGACCUUCGCACAGAACGCAGCAUGUACUACGCGGCACAGAGUCAGCGCCUUGCCGCCGAAGCGCGCGAACAAACCUGGGCGACCAAGCUCGAACACGACAUUCACCAGGAUCUCGAGAAUGACGCUCGACUUUCUCUCAACAAGACCAACGGUCCUUCGCACGUCGGCUCGCUUGCAUCUGCCGCAAUCGCAGCCUCGAGCGCGUCAACAAGUGGCGGCGCAUCGCAACGCAUCGACUGGCAGAGGGAGAGGGUGGACAUGGAAAAGAAGCUGGCUCAACUCGUCAGACAGGUUGCACAAGCUGAGCAAAAUAUCGAGAGAAAGGAAAAGCAAGUCGCCCAACUCGUCGAGGCCGAACAGCGCGCUAGGACUAUGCUCGACCAGGCCUCUUCAUCUCCAGCAGUCAGCGAUUCCGAAGCGAUCGAACAAGCGAGAUCGUUGAAGUCGGAGCUUGAGACGGCACAAAAGGAGCGAUUACACUUUGCCGACCGGUGCGAGUCGUUGGAAGCAGAAGCACGCGAGCUCCGAAAUGAGCGCGACCGCAUCUUGCUGCAACGGAGCAACGCGACUCAACCUUCGAGGGUCACAUCGCUCAAGCGGCUGGACGAACAUGAAGUGGCUGAGAUCCAUGCCCGCGAUCAAAAGCGUCGCGACGAUCUCGGUAGCCUGUCCGUGGUUGCAGAGGACGCCGAGAUGCCUUCCUCGACCAGCACCGUCGACACGGCGGACAGUGCCAGCGAUGGCGCGCUCGAAAAUGCGGACUUUUCCAGCUCGCGUCGAUCUACUCGGAAAGGCAGGCUGAGCAAAGACUCAGCGAAUGCGGGAGCGAUCAGCUUUGGCGAAAGCUUCGCAAACAAUCCCGAGCUCGAUGCGAUUUUCGGUGUCUCCUCCACUGCGAAAAAGGUGAAAAGCGUAGCUCAGACUUCGACACGACGCUCAUCACGUUUGUCCGGUGGGAACGCGGCAGAAGACGAGUUGUCUCCUAAGGGUGAGACGGUGCAGGAAGUGGAUAGUCAGACCGGAGGUCGCAAGAGGAAGGUCGAAGAAGAAGGAGAGGCAGCAGAUUCCAGUAGCACCGCCAAGAGGCGGACGAGCCGACGCAUUUCGGAUGGAUCCGCUUCCAAGGCGACAUCAGAGGAAGCCUCGCCACGGAUGUCGAAGCGCGCUCGAGGUGAGACGCAGGUCUCCCCAUCGGAACAGCCACAUGUUACUGAAGACGCUGCAUCAACUGAUGCUGCUGCUACUGCUGUCGCCCAAUCGCGACGAAGGCUCUCCACCCGCGAGAAGCAAGAGCUCGAUCAGAAGCAAAAGACGCGUGUUGUCUCUACGCCUGCGGUGGCUGGCUCGGCUUCGAGCAAGACGCCAGCGCUCACCUCCCGCAGAAUUGUCUCUGGCUCCUCGUCAUCCGUCACCCGGCCCACUGCUUCGUCUCUUCGGCGCAGCGAAGCAACACAAGCAAGUGUCAAGCGCCCUUUGUCCAAUUCGACCAACACGCGCGAAGGCUCCAUCCGAGCCUCGACGGCGAGCAAAGCUGCUGAGGCUCGAGUGUCGUCAUCAGGCUCGAUCCGUUCGCGGUCGUAG